AGGUGGGUGGAUCACGAGGUGAGGAGAUCAAGACCAUCCUGGCCAACAUGGUGAAACCCGUCUCUACUGAAAUACAAAAAAAAAAAAUUAGCCGGGCGUGGUGGCGCACACAGGUAGUCCCAGCUUACUUGGGAGGCUGAGGCAGGGGAAUUGCUUGAAUCAGGGAGGUGGAGGUUGCAGUAAGCUGAGAUGGCACCACUGCACUCCAGCUUGGGGACAGAGCAAGAAUCCAUCUCAAAAAAAAAAAGUUGCUUCCUGCUUGCCCUUCAGAGUAAUUCAGUCCAAAAGUCAUUACGUGGGGCUGAGCAAGGCAGGCAUCUGGGGAAGGUGGGGGCGAGAGAAAGGCUGGCAAGGUAGUAGCCCAGCAGGGGAUACUGGAGCCCAAAUGCAGUGAGGAGGGCCUCUGGGGCUAGGGACUUGUGCACAGCAGCAGCCUAGCAGGGGAUGAGGAGGGCAUCCUGUUAGGGUGAAGGAAAUGGUGGCACAGGUUUUUGGAAUGGGAACAAAAGGUGAGCCUUACCCAGGAGGGAGGAAAUGGUGCAGUGUAAGUUGCUUGAGCCCAAGAAGGGUAGGUUGGGGGAAAGGGGGAAGAGAAGACCAUGCAUGUGGGAUGGUGGCAGUGGCACUCUGGCAUUAGGUGGCAGAGCUCAGAGAGUAGAGAGUGUGUGCCGAAUGGUGACAGCAAGAGGAUUUUGAUUACAUAGUGAGAGAAGGGGUGAUGAUUAUAAAAAGUAAAUUUAUUAAGGACAAGUGGGAACCAGACUUCUCACUGUUCAGCAAGAGUAUUAAACCCAUGUAAAGAGGGGAAAUGAAAAUAAACCCUGUAGUAUUGGAAUUGAAUGUUAGGUAGCAGAUUAUAUAGAGAUUAAUAUAAAAGUCAUACACACAUACAACACCUAAAUCUGCACGUAUAUACACUUGCAGCUUUAUCACUUAGAGGACCUGGGAACAGUGACAGUCCCAUGGUGAUUAGCAUUUUUAGCACCCAGACCUUGGUUUCUAAAGCAUUCCAUCCAGAUUAUAGUUUCUAAAUGCUAUUCUCCAUUAAAAGGACUAGGUUCCUUGGAGAAAUAAUUUUACAAUGGACAAUCUUAGCAAACACAUUAAUUGGGUAAUCAAAGUUAUCAAUCACAAUGGAACAAAUUUCAGUUGCAUCCACCUAAUAGGAUGCAAUGUUAAGAGUUUACUAUUCAACUCUAACAGGUAGUGGGAAUUAUUUUCUAGGUUUAGACUGUCAUGAUGCCUUUAAGUUUGGAGCCUCCUCUACAAAGUAGAGUUAACACAUUACACAUAAAGAAGCAUGAUUUCGCCUGUUCCUCAGGGACACCCUCUUACAGGUUGUUCAUUUGGCCUCUUCACCACCAAUCUUACUGCCCAGCUACUAUUCCAACCUGCUUAACUCACCCAGUUUCUGCUAGUUUUCAGCCUCCCUUUGGAUAAGCACCCAUCAGUAUUUGAUCAGGCUUCUUCUGCUCAAUGUCCUUCAAGUGGCUCUGGCCUUGCCUUGAGAGCAGGGUAAAGAUAAUCUCUUGUUUGUUGAUAAGGAAAACUCAGGCUCAGCAAGGUUAAUUAAUCUGUACAUUAUGCAACUGGAACUUAAAUCUAGUUUAACUCAUUCCACUGUGGCAUAAAAGGAGGUACACGUACCUAUCUGUGAUGACAAUCCACUUUCUCUCUCAUUUCCUUCAUAUGACUUCUCACAAUCACAAUUGUCUUUGCUUAUGUCUCCCGUAGGAAAACGUCAAUUAUGUGACAGCAGGUAAUUUUAUCGGAAGUGUUUAUAACUAUAUCCCAGUACGUGGAACGAAAAAGUUAUCAAGAAAUAGUUAUUGAUGUAAAAAAGGUAUGUUAUGCAUAAAAGUGGAUAAUUUACAUGAUAAAUGAAAAUGGCCAAUUCUUUAAGAGGAGAAGUACUAAAACUUUAUAAAAAUCUGCUGUAUCUUGGACGAGACUAUCCAAAAGGAGCAGACUAUUUUAAAAAGCGUUUGAAGAACAUUUUCCUUAAAAACAAAGAUGUGAAGAAUCCAGAGAAGAUCAAAGAACUUAUUGCACAGGGCGAAUUUGUAAUGAAAGAGCUAGAAGCCUUGUACUUCCUUAGGAAAUACAGAGCUAUGAAACAACGCUAUUAUUCAGAUACCAACAAAACUAACUGAUCAUUACUACUUUAAUUUAGCUAUCAGUGCCAGCUGUUUAUGUAUACCAGAUGUCGUAAAAUAAUUCUAACUUAAAAUGGGAAGAUAUACAUGUUGUGUAAAAAAUCCCUGAGCUGCCCUACUGAACUAAAUAGGUUUCAACUUCUGUUCAUAUGGAGAAAUUAUCAGCAACUUUUUGCUCAAUUUUGAUACAAACAUAGCAAUUUAGCUAUACUACCGAUCAUAAAUUAAAGAGCACCCAAUUUUGAAUGAAAAUAUAAUACACUUAAUCCUCUAACUUAAUAGGACUUAGCCAAUUAUUUUUAGCUUAUUUCUCCAUUUUACUGACAAGAGAAUGCCAUUUACCGAACAUUUAAUAAGCAAAAUAAUUUCUUACUUACUUCUCUUAACUUUUGAAAGGAAUCCCUUAUUUUUUCACCCAGUUUGGUAUAUUAACAGCACAUACUCAAGGUUCACUACAAAACAAACAGUUCCUGGUAAUGAUUUAAAUGUAGUUAUAGAAAUAAAUAAUAUGUAUGGAGUCAUUACUUCUGACUUUGAAAUAGCCUGCUGGUGACUGGUAUUACAUAUAUAACUAUUCAAUUAUUUCCAUUAUUAAUGUUGCUGCUGCUACCUUUGGGCCUAAAACCAAGUCACCUGUUGUGUAUCAAUUACCUUCUUUGAUAAAAGGAAAUAAAUAAUGUUAUCCUA